AUGCAUCUGGGAUCAUUGAUUGCCACCUCCUUCGCCCCGUGGUAUGGGGCGGAACAGGGUGGACACUAUGCGUCGGAAGGAUGGAGCCCUUCCCAGGUGGAGACAUUGUACCACCAGAAGCUGGUACUCCAGGGCAAGAGAGGAGUGGAGUACCUUGAUGGACUUCGAGCUGCAGCAGCACCGGCUCCAGUGGAGCCCAACCUCGAGGUCCCACCAGCAGCAGAGCAGCCACCGGCUCGAGCACCCGGGCGCCGCUGCCGUCCAGCACUCCCGCUCCCUGCAUAG